AGCGCACAGCGAGCGGACCGCUGUCUGACUGGCUGCAGUCCUGCCACCGGGAUCCGGGCUCGUUCGGCUGCACUUUCCCGCGUCGUAUUAAUACUGCUGCUCGGGAUUAAGUAAGGGGAAACAUAGCGUACAGUUGAUUUCAGUCUGGCUUGAUUGGCAACUUACAGGAGUGUUGUUGCAGCUGAGCCACUGAAUGUAGCCGUUUCACCUUGUUUGUAGAGAAAUCCAUGUGUCGCGUCCCAGCUGCUCAGAGAAAAUCACUCCACACCCGGAGAGGCGGAGACGUUUGAGAGGAUUUUAGGAGUCUUUCCCGAAAGUGGAUUGAACAAGGAUGAUUCCAACUGCCUCACGCAAUUACGCGAGGUAUUCCAUUUGAAAAAUAGGUGAUCACAGCAAUGCUUCAACGGCAUGCGCGUCUGCCCCUCUCCAAAUCUCCCAGAGAGGAUUUAAGCGCCGCUCAUUUCGAAUAAGUCGAGAAGUCUGUGAAGAUGAGAGCUCUGCAAACCUUCCUGUUUCUUUUCCUCCUGCACCAGGUCACAUGCAGGAAAGUGCAUGGAGGAGCCACAAAGCUCAUUGAAUGGGGCGACAGUGAUAAUGAGGAGAAGAUUUCUCCCAUGGGGGCCAGUCCGCGGAUCCUCAACCCCCUGCGUUUGUUUGCCAGGGGCUCCCCUGGGUUCAAGAGCAACAUGAGGGAAAUUACAUAUUUACAGAACAUGGAGGACUUCUGGGACUGGUUAUCUAACCAGACAGAUGUUCAGGGUGCACAGGCCAGAACUAAACGCAGGCCCAUCGUCAAGACUGGCAAGUUCAAAAAGAUGUUUGGGUGGGGGGACUUCCACUCCAACAUCAAGACUGUCAAACUCAACCUGCUGAUCACGGGGAAGAUCGUGGACCACGGGAAUGGCACCUUUAGCGUUUACUUCCGCCACAACUCCACGGGCCUGGGGAAUGUGUCGGUCAGCCUGGUGCCGCCCUCCAAGGUGGUGGAGUUUGAGAUCGCCCAGCAGUCCACGCUGGAGACCAAAGACACCAAGUCAUUCAACUGUCGCAUUGAGUACGAGAAGACGGACCGCAACAAGAAGACUGCCCUGUGCAGCUUCGACCCGUCCAAGGUGUGUUAUCAGGAGCAGACGCAGAGCCAUGUGUCCUGGCUGUGCUCGAAACCCUUCAAAGUCAUAUGCAUCUAUAUAGCCUUUUACAGUGUAGACUAUAAACUGGUGCAGAAGGUAUGCCCUGACUACAACUACCAUAGCGACACACCUUACUCCUCCACAGGAUGAUUUAGCCGUUGCUAGUGUGCAUCAACCUUUUGUUUGAUCUUCAAAUAAUGUAAAUGUCAACCUCUAAGCUCCUCGUCCCGAAAUACCUAAACACCCGAGACACGUUGCGGGAAGUGCAUCUCAUAAUGGGACACACUCUGGAGGGAUUCGAUGCAUUGUUAACAAAACUUUUGGAUAUUCUGCAGAGUCUGCACAGAUCUAACACGUGAGAUAGUUAGGUGUCCAGGGACUUGGUUUUAGGGGUUGAUUUGGGAUUCCGAGCUAGCUACCAACCCCAUCACAACAGCACAUGUUCUCCGUAAACCACUGGUGUAAUUAGCAUGUUGUCCAGAUGUUUUCUUCAAGGCUAGACCAUAGGCAAGCAGCCUCCCAGUUGGAAGUGCAUACUGACUUCUGUGCCGGUGCUGCAUUGAUGCUAACAUUGUAAAACAAUUCCAGCACAAAAAAAACGACAAAACUUUGAAUCAUGUUAAUUACGACAGUACCGAGGCAUUUGAAUUGUUGUUCAACAGGGCGCAAAAUUUAUUUCACAUUUGAAACGUCACUACAUUUUGACUGAUUAGUCAAAAUGAUCAGUUCAUUGCCUUCGAAAUAGAGCUAACACCCAUUUGUACCUGUUAACAGAGCACAGGCAGGACAGUGUCUAAUAUUUUAGAUUAGCUCAAUCAAUGGGUAUUUUUUCAAGUAGCUGAAUAAUUAAUAUGGCCUUGCAAUCUAUCCUUGAUCCCUUAUAGGGAGUGAAAUAAAGUGAAUGGAUUUAUUACGUGCCCAUGACAAAAUAAAUUGAUCCAACACAACUAAUCCAAAGGCAAGACAGAGCUCAAUCAUAAAUCAUUAAACGUGGGUUUGUAAGUACCCAACCAUGUGUAAGCUGGCUGCUGCCUUGUGCGCUCCUUAAAAUGUGUUGGUUUUCUGCCGCAAUCAUCAUAAGGCAUGUGUACGCUAAACCAGUCUGAAACCCAACAUCUGUGUUUGCAGGAUGCAUUUUGAGGCAUCAGCCUGCCGAAGGGGGCCCCGCAGUGGAUUAAUGUGUCAGGAGAGGCGGGGGGAUAGCGAUAAUUGCAGGACAGGUGGAUUUAGUGAGUCUGGCAGACAAUUAUCAGCACUUUGUCAUGGUCCUGCCACCAGCCCUGACAUUACCUGUCUUUAAUAGGCUUUAAUUAGCCUGGGAAAUUUCAUUUACCUAAGACCAAGAGUGGAGAAACCAAAAGCCAAGAAAAAAAAAAAGAAAAAAAAAAGAGAAAAAGGCAAAAGUACAGAAUCCGUCUGGAAUUUUAAUGAGAAGUGGGACUAAAUUUGAAAAUGUCAGACAUUUCCCGAUUGUACAGCAGGCUUAAGUUGACUGACUUUUGUGUAAAAGUGGAUAACACCCAGUCUUGUUGUAAAUGGUGUAAUGUGCUUUGACUUCACUAACAUGGUUUUAAAAGGUUCUGUUGAAAACCAUCAACACAUUAAAUGUCCUAAGUUGUGUUGAUUGCGUACAUCCAGGGUUUUUAGGCUAGGGCACGUGCCGCCGACCUAUCACAUUAUUUCAGUCGACGUUCCUUUAUUUGCUGUAUCUCAUGUUUUCCCCCCAUUGGCUGUAAAUGAUCCUGUCACAUUACACACAUGAGGAGAGGUGUAUGAUACGGAAGUUAUUAAAUCCAACUUUUAUCUAUGUUGAUGUUUUAGUUCUACUCCUUUGUGCAAAUGCUGUGUAUUAACAUGUAACUCUAAAACUAAAUGUGUUUACUUAUGGCUUCAGAGUAAACAAAUGUCAAUUUAUUCUAAUUUUUCCAGAGAAAUAUAUCAAUGAGUAUAUUGUUCCUUAUUUUUGGUGUUUGUUAAGCGAUAUCAUGUAGAUGAUGUAGAUGUCAUAUUUAUUGCUUAUAGUUAUAGAUUGCUUUGAUUUCCAUUUUUGUACUCCUUGCAGAUUGUACCUCUUUUGAUUUCCUGCUUGCUUAAUCUUGUUUAAACCUGUUUCCUCUGUAAAAUAGGAAAUAAGAGCACUGCUGUGGUAUAAUGUAAGUAAAACGUUCAUUUUGGAAUAUUUGAUUUCAUCUGGGGUUCAUUUUUGUUCAAAUGAAAUUGUAAAGAUCGGUUUAGGUUUUUAUGGCAUUAAACCUUAUUUGAACUUGG